AUGAGCAAACGACAAAAUCCGUCCGAGUUCCUGAAGCAGAUCAUCGGGAAACCUGUGGUGGUGAAGUUGAAUUCGGGUGUCGAUUAUCGAGGAAUUCUCGCCUGUUUGGAUGGUUUCAUGAACAUAGCUUUGGAACAAACAGAAGAAUACGCGAAUGGACAACUUCAAAAUAAAUAUGGCGAUGCUUUUAUUCGUGGAAACAACGUGCUCUACAUUUCGACGCACAAACGG